UUGAACAAUGACAUUUUGAAGGGUGGAGCUACUGGAGGAGUUUAUUCACUGCAGAACUUCACUAAACAACUUCACUACAGACCAACUGCUUUAUUCACUUACAAUCAUUUCAAGAGUGUCAGGACCUGAUUAUAAUAACAAUCCUGUUGUGAAACUGUUUUGCAAACUGCUGAAUAAAAUGUUUAUUUUCAUCUGUUUGUGCUUGUGGAGUUUGCCUGGUGUGUCUGGUGUUGAUGUAGUGAAGUCAGAGUCAGAGUCAGUGAUGGAGGGAGAUUCUGUCACUCUCAGGACCGAUGUUACUGAAAUACUGAAACAUGAAGAGAUCGAUUGGAGGUUUGGAAAAAUUCUCAUAGCUAACAUCAACAUGAAGGAGAAUAAGAGCACGCUUUAUAAUACCAGUGCUACUGAGAUAUUCAGAAACAGACUGAAACUGGAUCAGACUGGAUCUCUGAUCAUCAUGAACACCAGAACCACAGACUCUGGAGAAUAUAAAGUCACCAGCAUCAGCCGAGACACACCGCUCAUCACAUUCAAUCUUACUGUCUAUGCUCAUCUUCCUGUUCCUGUCAUCAGCAGAAACUGUUCAUCAUCUUCAUCGGCACAGAAUUGUUCAUUGGCGUGUUCAGUGGUGAAUGUGGUUCAUGUGACUCUCUCCUGGUACAAAGGAAACAGUUUAUUGUCCAGCAUCAGUGUGUCUGAUCUCAGCAUCAGUCUCUCUCUACCUCUGGAGGUGAAACAUCAGGAGAAAAACAGCUACAGAUGUGUGAUCAACAAUCCCAUCAGAAACCAGACCACACAUCUGGACAUCAGCAAACUCUGUCACACAUGUGCAGAACUCUGUAUCUGCUGUUGUGGUUCAACUGAAGCUGUGAUCCGAUUGGCUCUCUCUGCUCUGGUGGGCGUGGCUACUUUUUCUGUGCUGAUUUGUGAUUUCAGAUCCAAAAAUCUUCAACAGAAGAAAAGUGUGCAGACAUCAGCGUCAGACACUGAUUAAUAAGAUACUCAUGAAAAUCGAGAUGUUUUUGAAUGACUAUAGACAUUAUGUUACAAGAAAUCCUUUGAGUAAAUAGCAUUCAUGAAGUUAUAUAUAUAAAAAAGGUAAAUGAAUAAAUGGAAUAUAUAAUUUAUGUGAUUAUUAAUUAAAUCAAAUCUAAAUGAAACUUAAAAAAAAAAACAGUAUACAUUUUUCCACUUCUAUAAAAUGCAAAUCAUUCUGUUUUACAGAGAAUAAUGCCUUACAAACCUGUGAUUAAUCAUAAAAUUUAUAAGUAUAAUGAUUUUUGUUGUUGUUGUUGUUGUUGUUGUAUUCUUUUGCAUUAUUGUAAGACAGUUUGCAGGCUCAAAGAUUCCUGCUUAGUGAGAAAAUCUGUAAACUUGUGGUAAGGGGAAGAUUAAUACUUAAAUAUAUUUGACAGAGAGCUGGGUGUAAUACAGAUUUUUUUUUUUUUUUCAUUUUUGUGUUUUAUUCAUUCAUUGGAAUAUUAAAUAAUUAAGUGAUAUUACUGUCCAUAUUUCAUCACUCACAGUUACAUUUACCACAAAACAUAAUGUGAUAUUAUUAAUCAAACUUCUGUUGUAAGCCCAUGAUUAACAUUCAGUUUACUUAACUGAUUUUGGAUUUAUCAUAUUAUAAGAAGAAUCUGAUUGACCAUUUUCAUCAAACAGACUGACUGACUCACGAGGUGCAGUUUGUCCUUUUGCUGUCCUGAAUUUGUUGCUUCAAGUUUUCUAAAAUAAAUAAAAUAAAUAAAUAAAAGCUACUGUUACCAAUGUUGGAGAUUUUCAAAUUGGCAUAAGGCCUACAGUAUCACCUGUGUUUUCCUGGAUGUACUGUCUCUCUUUUGUAUGACUGUGUAUAAAACUUAA